AUGCAGAAGAAGCAUGCUAAGCUGACUGGCAGGCGGUUUUCCAAUCGGAAGCGACAUUCAAGUUAUGCCACAUCCACUGUGCCCGGCAGUCCAGAGGAAACAAAACUAUCUUUGAAUAGGGGAAAGAACUUUUUUGCGAACAGUGUAGGAGGAGAGGAUACUGUAGCCGUAUCCGAUAAAGACAAAUUAGGCCAUGACACGGAGCGGUGUGCCUCAAAAGAUGAUGACGUUUUCGCUAACAGUGCUAUAGUAACUGAAGGUGCGAAUUCUCCUAUUUCGGAAGAGGCAAAUAUGACUCCGAACGCGACAGAAGAAACUAAGUCCAAUGAAGGUGCACAUUCAGGCGGUGAAAUAUGGCGGUACAGUCCGGCUAAAGUCAACACAUUGUCUCCCUUGCCUCUAGAACGAUUGCAUCGCAAUUGCUCUGUAAGAUUCAACCAGCAGCAGGAAGACAAACCAUCCCAUCAAGUGGUGGAACGAUUGCCAGCAAACUCCUCUAUAUCCCAACAGGACGGCAAUCAGAUAGCUUUGCAACCUGCUAUUGUUCGCCACAAACAAGGGUUCCGGCGUGCCGACCAUAGAUCUUCUGCAACGAGGCUGCAUAGCCAUCGCCUCUCUAUAAAGUCCUUUAAGGACACUUCACUGUUUCAAAACAUGAAGAUGGCGGGCAUGCUGUUUGUGGUCGCGAUCGUCUAUAUCCUCACUUUUAUUCCAGCAAUGCUUAUGGCAUCAGAAAUCAUCACUCUGUUUCUCCCAAUAUUUUACCUCUAUUAUGUAAAUAAUGCUGUUAAUCCUAUCAUCUACUGUUUCAUGAACCCGAACUUCCGAGAAGACAUUCGAAAUUUUUGUAAAUUGCGCACAUGCUUUUUGCGAAGACAAAGGCGUUGA